AUGUUCUGCUCUCUUUUGGAAACCAUGUUAACAAGAAAAGACUGGAGCGAUUACUACAGUGGAGUGCCAGUAAUCUAUAAUAGCUCAGUGUCAAACUGGGCAGGAAAUUACUAUAUUUUUAGUUUGGCCUUCAAAAACUUAUCUUCUAAAGCUCUUCGAAUCACUGCUUCGAGUUCAACAAAAGUACUUGUUGAACACUGUAACUUUGAUAGCAUCUCAUCAACUGAAUAUGGAGGUGCUAUUUAUUUGGAUUCAUCAGGAGAAUAUGUAGGAGCAUAUAUUUGUGCAUCCGAAUGUAAAUGUAAUUCCUAUGGACACUUUGUUGUUGCAUGGACGAGUGAUUCAAAAAAUGCAAAAAACUGGCACAUUCAAAAUUCAUGUUCGAAUUGUGGAACGUAUGGAGUUGGAUAUGGAACACAAUGUAUCUUUUUUGGAGAUGGAAAACUCUCAAAUUCCAAUAUAUCUAGUUGUCAGGCUUCAGACAGAUGUGCGUAUAUUAAUGAACAAGCUUCAAAUAUUACUGAUGAUAACUUUUGUCAAUUAGCAAAUAAUACCGCUUCUUCUUCAUAUGUUGUAAAACACUAUACUGGAAGCCAAAGAAAUAUGCGAUAUAUGAAUAUUAUAAAUAACCAUAUUACAGAUUAUAUUAUUUACAGCGAAAGUGCAACUGUAAUAAUUACGAAUUGUUCACUAAUUGAUAACUCUGCAGCACAUGUAUUUUAUAAUGAUGGGGGUUCUUUUACAGUAAUAACUUCGUAUUUUGAAAAUUCUGGGACAAUUGCAAAUGAUAUAAGUACAAUUUCAAUAUCCACAGCUUAUUUUCAAGUAAAAUUGAGUUUUGAUACAAAAAAUAAGUGUAUUACAAAUGGAAAGAAAAAUACCAGUUUGGAAACUGAUGAAUUAAGACCUGAAUCAAAUGUAGGAGUAAUAUUAGGUGUGUUUUUAGCUAGUUUAGCAUAA